CACUCUUUUUGAGAGUUAAUUUUUUGUAGAUUGGCAAAUUCCGCACUAAGGAAGACCGUGCAGACGCCGAGCUGCGGCAACUCCUCGGCAGCGACAUCUCCGACGUGGAGAGCAUGCAAGGGACCCUCCCUUGGCGGCGGACCCGCCGCGAUUCCAACCGCUCCUUCCUAGGCCAAGCCAACGGCAACCUGACUGAUGGAGACGACGAAAUUUUAGAAAGUCUCGUCAAGACUGCCACUAAGGGACCCUCCAGGACGGCGCCCCGAGAACGAAAACGGACGAGACACGCCGACAGAAAGUCAUUGAAACGUUCUCGUACAAGAGAGAACAAUCCUUUCGGUAGCAGAGAUUCGCCCUAAAUGGCGUGAGACGAACUCUGAAAAACGGCCUGUCAGAAGAGGAGAAAAAGCACCUGUCGGCCUACAUCAAAGGCUACUAAACCCGUCCCUGGUGCCAAUUCCUGUCUAGAGAAUUUUACAUUUUUUUAAUUUAUUUAGCGCAUCUGUGAGAUGUUAAAUGUAUACUAUUUACAACUGACUUUGUUAUGUGAUAAAAAGUAUGGCUGCUCACUCA